AUGGAGGCUUUCCAGUGGACGUGGAAGGCGGGACUCACAGCCCUGAGGGCCGAGGAGCUCAGGCGUCUCCUGCAAGCCCAUAACUCCCUGAGCUCCAGGACCGCAGUAGAUGAGCGCGAAGCGGACUCACUGGGUAGCUCUCCGGGCGUUCUUUUUCCUUCAUUCACGGCACUGUCGUCGCUCGUCACUUCCUGUAAAUUAGCUGAACGCGAGUCAUCGGCACACACCGAGUGUGCCCGGGCCGGUGACUUCUCCGACUCCGAGCAGAACCUGCUGCAGGGCAGGGCUCGCAUCGGCUCUGCUCCCUGGAACCACCGAGAGCGCCUGACCUGCUGCAGAGCCCCGGGGACGAACGAGGGUCCCCAGGACUCGCCCUUCCGCCUCCGCACCCAGGACCCGCCUUCUGUCGGUCUUUCCACCCCCAUGAAGCCCAUAAAUCCCGAAGAAGCCGGAUCAGUGUCUCUGCUUGAACGUGGAAUCCAGGCUCUCAGAGGACAGCUGGGCGGCCCGCGGACAUCCGAUAGCACUUGCUGA